AUGAAUACAGAAAGACCUGUGCAACAAUAUUUUAGCCCCUACGCUUUUAACGGAGGGUAAGUAGAUCGUGGAUUAUCGAAAAUGUGACAAGGUUGAAUUGGAAACUUAUGAUCUGAAUGAGUCAGCAGCAUCAAAGCUUCUAUAGUUAUGAAAAUAAGUUUAAUUGUACAAACUUCUUGACUUUCUUAUGAGAAAAAAAAUUCUCCAAUGCAGCUUGGUUAUUCCGUUUGUUCGCUAGAAAAUCUGGUGUGAUACAAACUUCUUUACAGCUUUCGCUCCUCGGUGAGCUUUGGUUAGGUUACAUGUGAGCUAUGAUCAUUUGUCGCAAUUUUUUCCAGUGUCAAUCAGGUAGACCCUUAGUAUAUUUUUUAACUUAUUUGAAGUGUUUUGCAAGUUUCCAUUAGUGCCUAAGACAGAGAAUGGAUGGAUGGUGUCUGGUUAAUUUACCAGCUCAACAAACACGCCAGCACCUAACUCACCACCACCGAGAGUCAAAUCACCACUGGUAGCAAUUUGACUCAGGCAUCAUGUGUAACGUGUUGUAUGAAACUUACAUCAAAUGAGUAUCCUAGGAGAGACUUAAAAUAGUGCCAGAAUCAAAUUGCCACAGGUGGUGAUUGACUCUCAGUGGUGGCAAGUUUUGUAGUGGGGAGUUUGUUGUGGUGGUGAAUUGAGCAUAAACUGAAUGGACAUGUAUCUUGAGAAAUCAUGAUAGGUGCACAAAGUUUUAUUCUUAAAUAUUACAUUAAUUUCAUAUUUUAUCUUGGUUUUCAACUUAGGACUGUACUUGCCAUUGCUGGAGAGGAUUUUUCUGUCAUUGCAUCAGACACAAGGUUAAGUCAGGGCUUUUCCAUCCACACCAGGGAUAGUCCAAAGACUUACAAACUGUAAGUUAAGUGUUGUAAUAAUUCCAUUUUAAUGUGCAGAACAAUUGUCAUUUAAAAGCUUAUCACUGCUACCCUUUUAUUAUCUGCCAACAAAAAUAGUGUGAAAUCUGUAUUUGCACUAUAUUUCUUCAAACAACACAGCCCUUUGGCUGGCAAUUAGGUUUAUUUUACUAACUUGGAUUAGAAACAUGAUAAUUCUGUUUCAUUUUCAUCUUCUAAUCAGCACUCAUAUAUACUUGUUAUUUUUAUGGGGAACAGGUGAGCAAAACCAUCAUUACUAGUGAAAGAAUUGACACCUGAUCAAACCACAGAAAAUGCCUUGAGUAGUACUAUAGUAUGGUACACUAUUUUGAAAAAAGUCAGUUAGAUUUUAAGAUUAUUGUAACACUGUUAUGGUAUUAGAAAUUUUAGUAAAGUAGGCAAUCCUAAAAUUGAACUUAACCUCUGCAACUCAUCUCAUACAUCUUGUUUUUCUGGAACUCAUUUUUGUACCUGUGGCUUAGAAACAGGAAUGAAGAAUUUCAAAAUCUGAUCCAAAGGAGCUGCAUGUUCCUCAUAUGUAAUAUAAAAGGGGUUAAUGCUAUGCAUGUUAACUGUGUUUGUUAAUCAUGUUUUUGUAUGUUUAGUACCAAUUCCACAGUUCUUGGCUGUGCUGGAUUUCAUGGUGAUUGCCUUACACUGACCAAACUCAUUACAGCAAGACUUCAGGUAUGUUAACUUGAUGUAGAGUUGUAUGCUUGAUUGUGUACAUUGCACCGAAGCUUGUGUGAAAGGCAAAUUACUCAAUAAUUGUUAGUAGAGAUUGAGUGCUCCAGAUUGAGCAUAUAAGGUCAUAUUGUAAUUUUCUAUUCCACUUUUCCCCCCUCGAGUGUUGAAAUGUGUUUGUUCAUCCAGAGUGAUUUUUCCAAAGACAGUGAAAAAGACCUAUUGUUUUGACAAUGAAAAUUCUAGUGUGCUGUGUCUCCUUUCUGUAGAAGAAAAAAAUAAAUACUUAUCAAACUUGCACUAAUGAUUCUGUUUAUUACCUUUAGAUGUAUGAACAUGAGCAUGGAAGUAAAAUGAGGUAUGUAAGGUAGUUUCAGUUUGGUUGAAAGAAGUUGUCAGACUAGCACUCUAAGCUGCAAUCAUUUUGGUCAUAAUGACAUGUAGAAAAAAUUUGGCAUCUAAAUGCUCAUUUAUGCUUGGCUUUGGCCUCUUUCUUCGUUUGUUAGUGUUAAGUCUUAACUACAGAUGUCUUUUAAGUCUUUAAUACAAUUCUUGGUGACUCGGCUAAAUUUGAAUUUAUUUUUGGCAACCAUUUUUGUGUCUACUGGCCCCCUAUAGGGGGAAUAGUCUAUAUGAUGAAUUUUGGGGACCAACUUUGAAAAACCUUGAGCAUCAGCACUGUUUGUGUGUAUUUGUGAACUGUGGGGAUGGAUUAAGAGGGAUUCUUAGUUAAGGAUGGGUGCGUAAAUAAUAUAAGAUAUAUAUUGAUGUUAAUUGUUUUCUUUUUUUAUGCUCUCAUACUUUAGUUGUCCAGCCAUUGCUCAGAUGUUAUCAACUGUUUUGUACUACAGACGCUUUUUUCCAUAUUACACUUACAAUAUUCUGGCAGGAUUGGACAAUGAAGGUAAAGCAUUACUGCCCAUUGAAACAGCUUAUUUUUUAUCACUGAUUAUGGGAAAGGCUGUGUCCUAAUUGGUACAGUGUUAUGUCCUGUCUUACCUGUAAUUAUUACAGACUUGGUGAGUAUUAUACAGAUCAAAGUAUUGGUUUCUAAAAUGACUUCCACUGGUCUUUGAGUUUUCCACGAAAAAAUGAAUGGAAUGAAAGAAAAUGUAUGACUAUGCUUAAAUAGUUCUCCCUUCAUACAAGAAAAAAGUUGCUGAGUAAUCACGUGACAUCACAGGUGUCAUUUUUUGCAGCAAGUAGCAGAUUUAGUUACAGAAAAAGUGUUCAAUAAAAGCAUCAAAAUCCACUCUUUAUUUUGGAUGAUGAAACAUAGAUUGAUGAUCAUUAUCUCUUUCUAUCAGGUAAAGGUUGUGUUUUCAGUUUUGAUCCAGUGGGUUCCUAUGAAAGAGAAAGUUACAGAGCUGGAGGUUCUGCUUCAGCUCUUCUACAGCCAUUACUUGACAAUCAGGUAAAACUCUUUCUUCUCUUUGAGGAUUUUCAUUUUUUUUUUAAUUCUCUACAAAGCAAGCAAAAUUGUUUGCCAUGUAAUCAACAGUCUCUGCUGAUUCAUUAAAUUAAUGAUUUAUAUUUAUGCAGUUUCAUUAGUUUUUAGUUUUACCAUCUUUAAUGUAGAAUGGAUCAAAAUUUUCAUGAUUAAAAGUGACGUUUCAUAAAAACAAAAUUUUUUCUUAAUUAAUUUUAACUCAUGUACAAGUUUGCAAUUUUGUAUAUCUGUUUUUGCUAUUGUUUUCAUCAAGAUUGGUUUCAAAAACCAGCAAGGAGUAGCUGAAGCUCCAUUGAGCAAAGAUAAAGCAGUUUUUCUAGUAAAGGAUGUAUUUACUGCUGCUGCUGAGAGAGAUAUCUACACUGGAGAUGCAGUAAUUAUCAGUGUUAUCACUAAAGAUGGCGUAACACAAGAAGCCUUUCCACUGAGAAGAGAUUAAUGAUUGUUGUAGUACACAUUUUUUUGUGCGAGUCAGCUUGUGUCUAAAAGUGUACUGUAGAUAUGAGCAUUUUAUCUUUUCGGCUCUCUAUAUUACACUUGAUUCAGUGCACUGGUAGAUGCGCUUGUUGUGUGCUCUUAAAUGCUAAAAGAAAAACAUGGUAUGAUCUCACUAUGUCCUAGGAAUAGCUCGUUACUUAUGGCAGACAAGGCUCAACCGUCUCCUCUGUGUAUAGUUGGUGGACAAUAAAAUCACAACUUUUCUGC